AGAGCGGCUGGACUGGUCCAGCUGGUUCCACACGCCCCCGCCCAGAGCUCCAGAACGUUCCAGGACCUUAGCCAAGGCCCGGGCGCGCGAUGCCGAGCCGCUGGGGUCUCCUGUGCCUGGUGCUGCUGUGUCUGCUGCCCGGCCCGCGAGGCCAAGCCGACUUCGAUCUGGCCGAUGCCCUGGACCCCGCAGAGCCCAGCGCAAGUCCGAGCCCAGGUCCCCUCCUCCCACCCGGACAUGUGGACCCCGGCCCAGAUCAGUACCCACGCCCUGACGGAAAUCCCGCCCUCGCCGACCCCCAAGGGAGCACAGUAGCCCGAGUGCUGACCCCCGUGGCGUCCCUGGUGCUGCUGGCCCUGCUGGGGGCUGGGGUCUCCUACUUCCGGUCACCCCGGGCCCGGAGCUGCUUCCGGAGGAGCCAACCUCCAAGCGCCUGAAGACCCUGGAGAGGGAGCCAAGGAAGCCCCCGCAGCCUUGUUUAGAAAGUACUACAAUGUUCCACGUGACGGAAAAACACCGCAGCUCCCAAAAUUCCCCUAGGUGGGCUCAGAAUUGUAGGAUGAGACACAAAAUCCAGAUUUCUUUUUUUGCCAUUGAUUUUGACUUAAUUCUUGCCAAGAUGAGCUGUCGGCCCCUUAAGUGCAUUCAUCGAAUUGAAAUAAAUAAAAAUAAUUAAAAAUAAAGGCACCAGGGCUCCAUCUGGGUCUCUAGGGGCUCCAUCCAGGUCUCCAGUGCUCCAUCUGAGACUCCCAGAGGCUCCAUCCGGGUCUCUAGGGGCUCCAUCCAGGUCUCCAGUAGGUGCACGGGGCCCCCAGGGCCUCCAUCUGUGUCUCCAGCAGGUGCACGGGGCCCCAAACUGCUGCCUGUCCAUCACAAAGCCCCACCCUGUCUGGCCCCUGCCCAUUAUCCUGAAAUUUUUCUACUGUAGAAGGUUCCAGAAGUCCAUUUUUUUUUAUUCCAUUUCUGGCUGCCAUGUCCUAACCCCGCCGCCAGGCCCCUGCAGCGCGCCUGCGCACUUCACCUAUCAGUCAAAACCUGGAAGUCCACCGGAAAUCCCACCCUCCAUGCCUCAGUGAGUUUUUCCUUUACCCCAGAUCUCGGCAAGAUCUCCAUCUCUUGCUCUCUGCCUCUCUAAAUGCUUUCUAUACCUCGUAAAAUCUUUAUAAUUCUGACAAACUCUAUUUCCUGGUCUCAUUAGUGGGUAUUUCCCAGAAAUUUUGUUCAUUAGUUCUGGGUUAAGUCUAACUAUCUCCUUUGCAGACAGACAAGUCUCUCAAUCUAGACUUCCAUUAGAUGCAGUCCCCACGUGACAUAGACAGGACUCAGCAGGUCUCUGGUAUCCCCCACCUUCCUUCCCCAGUCUGCUCUUUUGGGUCCCCACUGUCAGCUACCUCAGGGGAGUUUUACUGGGGAGAACUAUAUUUCCCCACUCUGCUGCUUUGUAAAUUCAUCUGCAUAGUCACUAAUGUAGGUGGUAGCCAGGGCUGUCACUCUAGCUUACAAACAUCUCUGCUAAGGCUAUCUUCAUGAAAGCUCAUUGUUGAAAUCAGGCCCAUUAGUCUAAACUCAAGGUUAAGAGGCAUAGAACAACUAUUAUUCCUCAAGUAUAAGAACAAAGCUACAGUAUAUAUUUGACCAGGCAGAGGUCCAGUCUAGCACAGCGCCAGUAAGGGAACAGAUCACUCCCUGCAUGCGCUAUUCUGACAAAUAUAAACCCUAGGCUACAGGUGUGGAAGGCUGAGUGAGAGUGGGUGACAUGUGCUAACCCCACCCUCACCUUCCUCCCUUCCCUGUGGGCUUUAGUGCAUGCCUGGAGCCACAGGCAGCAAGACAGUUUUGAGAAAUGUCUCAUACUCAGGAGACGUAAGACCUGAAGGACACUUCUGUUUUUAUGCUUGUUCCAGCCAGGAGGUAAACUGUCUACCUUUAUUUCUUUGGUCUGUGAACUUACAGAAAAAUGCCUCAUCGUUUUCUGCAUCACUGCCUGGCCAGUUUACAAGUAAGAGGAUGGACAAGUUACUUAAGUGAGUUAUAAAAAGUGCCAGCCCCUCUACUCUAACUCCCCAUCUCAGAAUUCUGUCUCCUAACAGAUCUCUUGCCUCUAUUUCCCUGCAUAUGCUCUGAUAUGCAUUAAAUUCUUUUCCAGAGUGUCAGAGUCCCUGGGUGUGUUCAGUGAGCCACCAGCGUUCUUCUGUUACUGCUUGUGACUGUUGAGAUUUUAAUCCUAGUGGAGUUUUUUUUUUUUUUUUUAUCAAGUGACAAUUGCUCCCCUUGUUUUAAUUUUGCCUGGGGGUUUAUAGGCAAGAAUCUAGGCCCAGUAACUUCAGAUGCUAUUGAAUGCAUAUGGAUUAAUCCACAUGAUGCCUUCUUGAGACACUUCCGGACCUGACUACUCAUCCCUGAGACUGGUUUAAGUGACAGCCUCACUAUUGGGCACGUCCAGUAUUGGCUUUUGGUUUUAGAGUAUGAGGUUAUUGUCUCUUGCAAGGCCUCCAGUUUUUCUCCACCCUGCCCCUUCAUGGGCUCUUACAGGAGCCUCCUUGUAGUAAUUGCUCUAUUCUGUCACCUGUCAGAUUCUCUUUAGGACUCUCUGGAUGUCCUCUCCCAUGAAAGCCUAACAAUGGUGAGCAAUCUCCGGUGGAUUUCUUGUCCCUGGCGCAUGGUCCCUAGCCUAAAGUCACCCUUGAGACUCAUCUCACAGCUGCUAAAUCUUUUGUUUCAGAGGCAGUCCCAAGUAGCUGACUGCUGACUAGGCAUCCAUGGCCUAAGGUAUUUUUUCUUUGAGUAAAAGGAGUAGAAUUUGAUACAAUUGUAACUUCAACCUUCAUUCAGAUAGAGGUAUGAUAUAAUAUCAGCAUCUUCAGUCAUCUAGGUGUGAUCACUAAAUAUAAAUCGGGUAAAGCAAGUGAGAUAAAUGUGUCUAAAUGUAAACUUUGGUACUCUCAGGACCUAUUCUAAAGGAAAACUAUUUGGUUUGCUAACAUGUUUUCAUAAAUUGUCCAUAUGAAAAUAGUUCAGCACCACUUGAAAGUAACUAAGGCAUGGGGCCAGCACUGUGGAUCAGCAGGUUAACGCCCUAGCCAGAAGUGCCAAUAUCCCAUAUGGGUGGGCACCGGUUCUAGUCCUGGCUGCUCCACUUCCUAUCCAGCUCUCUGUUGUGGUCUGGGAAAGCAGUAGAAGAUGGCCCAAGUCCUUGGGGCCCUGCACCCACGUGGGAGACCAGGAAGAAGUUCCUGGCUUUGGAUCAGUGCAGCUCUGGCCGUUGCGGCCAUCUGGGGAGUGAACCAGCAGAUGGAAGACCUCUCUCUUUGUCUCUACCUCUCCCUGUAACUUUUUCUUUCAAAUAAAUAAAAUAAAUCUUUAAAAAAAGAAAAUAACUAAUGCUGAAACUUGACGUGUUACCUUAUUUAAAAAUUAUAGUGUUUUUGGUGAUAUGGGGAGGGUAGAACAAGGACUGGGAAAAGUGAAAGGGAGACUGGGUUCAGUUGAGUAGGAAGACAGAUUUUUCUGUGUCAGUGACUAGAGUUGUCCAAUUAGGAUGGAACAAGGUGCUUCAUGAAUCAGUGUGUUCAUUCCCUCACUGAGGCUGCAUUCAAUUUCAGUCUGGCCAGCUAUAAUAUAGUACAGGGAUAUUUUGUAUCUUAAUAAAGGCUACAGCAGGCCAAAUCUGCAUAACUGUGAGAAUCUAUGAUGCCAUCACUAUGAGGGGAAUGAAGGGGUGAAGAGACACAGGGGCAUACUGAAGGCAGGACAUGAGAAGAGGCAGGUUGGGGAGGAAGGGUGACUCAGGGAGCUAAACCAGGGCAAUUGUAGAGGAAGAGGAUGAGCAGAGGUGGAGAGAGAAUCAUGCUUAUCCAAAGGGAAGUAGAUUAAGCCACUUUGCCUCUGCUCCAAGAUUGUAAAUAUAAUUGCUCUCAUUAACUUGUUCCGCUUCCACACUCCCUGUUAAUUCCUCAACUCCAGCUUCUGUUUCCAAAUGAACUUACUAGAAAGUGACUCAAUGGGCUACUAACGAACAGAUGCAAUGCUCUAACUCAGUA